UGUUUCUGUUAUUGUUGGCCAAAAAGUGGUUAUCAUUUUGGUGAUGUUGUUGAUAUUGUUGGUCAAACAAGAAAAUUCUGCAAAAAAAGCUUACCAGCUCUCCAGAAUGACACUCAUCCCACUUUUGACACCAUUAAAGUAAACCUUGGGAGAGAAAAUACCAAGGUCCCUACUGGGGCUCGAACCCUGGACCUCAUGAUCCGUAGGCGGACACUCUUACCAUGUUGCUAAAGGGUUAACCCAACAGCAAGGCCGUUGGAAGUUAAGUGGCCUAUAAACCUACUAUCACUACACUGAAAAUACUUUUAACAGGUGCUGGCAUAGCAGAACAUGAAAGAACUUUAGAUGUGUGCGACGGCAAUAUAAAUGGAGAUCUCGUGUAAUUAUUACGCUAUUUUGUAUUGAAGACGUGUUUUAAGGACUGAGGUACAAACGUCUGCAGUAACUUAUAUUUAAUAAUCGUAAAAGACUUUUCUCACUUUUACAUGAGAACAAUUAACAUCUGUAGAAUUGUAUAUGAAGGACUGCCGGCGACAAUUUGGUCAUUAAGUUGAUUCCAUGUAAUCCAUAUAAACAAGAUUGUUGAAAGGAACAGGACAGGAGAUUACUCGGUUGUCAUGGCAACUGCAAGCCCUUCUAGCGUACCGAUGCGAGGUUACCCGAGGGAGAUAUUUGGUUCCAACAAAUUAGAUGAAAAAUACUUGUGCAAUUUUUGCAAGCUUGUCCUUCGGGAACCGGUUCAAGCAUUUUGCGGACAUAGAUUCUGUAAAGCUUGCAUACAAGCAAAUAUAAGUUCUGGAGAUGAGAUCCGUUGUGCUCAGUGUGAAAAAGAAGACAAUGAGUCGGAGGAUAUGAGUAUUAUCAAUAAAGAACAGAUUUUUCCUGACAAUGCUAUCAAAAGGGAGAUGUCUAAAAUAAAAGUGAAGUGUGCAAAUUCUGGCUGUACAUGGAAUGGAAUGUUUAAACAAUAUGAGGGUCACUAUCCAGAAUGUCCCUACACGUUAAUGCAAUGCCCUCAUUGCAACAAAGAGGUCAACCAGAUACAGUUAAAAGACCAUCAGGAAAAAGACUGUAAGGUGGCAUGUAGUCAGUGUGGAAUGACGGUCCUAUACAGCUUGGGUCAGUUACAUUUGGAACAAGAAUGUCCGAAGGCAUCCGUGACGUGUGAUCAAUGCGGAAAGCAGGGAAUACUAAGAGAAAUGCUUGAUGCUCACCAGCGAUCACCGGAGUGCCGAAGUCAACCCAUCCAGUGUCCCGUAGGAUGCGGAUUGAUUGAUAGGAAAAGCUUUCACGACCAUUUCCACGCAAAGAAACACAAUGUCUGGAUGGUAAACGUAUUGGACGAGAUUCGACAGAAAAUGUCUACCCUUCAGACUACACCUAGCAGCGUAAAUGAACUAGACGGAAAGAUUAGGGAGACAAACGACAAAAUUUCAGCUUUAGAGCGACAGCUUGCAGAAGUUAUAAGCCGUCAGAGUGAAGCCGGAAGUGUUACAGGGCUUCAAGGGGUUGGCAAUAUUGACACAAAAAUCAGACAAGCUAUUGAAUUGCAGCUGCAGUCAGUUAAUGAAAGAUUAGAUGUAAAAACGGGAACGUUUGAGGGGAUUGCUAGUGCACUGCACAGAGAGCUGGAAAAAACAAUCACAGCUGUAGAGAAACUCGAAAGGCACAGACGGGAAAUGGAAACGCAAAUAGAGCAGAACCAAAAUAAAAUUCGAUCCCUUGAAAGAAGUCUAGCACUAAAGGACAUGACGAUGGCAGAAUUAGAACUUAAAGCACAAUCGAUGGAAGCCGCAAGCUAUGACGGUACAUUCAUGUGGAGAGUGCAUGACUUCAAUAAGAAGCACCAGGAUGCCCUACAUGGACGAACCAUCAGCAUCUACUCACCACCAUUUUACACUACCCGUAGAGGAUACAAGAUGUGUGCUAGACUCUAUCCAAAUGGUGACGGUAUGGGAAAAGGUUCUCAUCUGUCCUUGUUUUUCGUGGUCAUGAGGGGCAACUAUGAUGCACUUUUAAAGUGGCCGUUUAGUCAACGGGUGACCUUCUGUAUGAUUAACCAAACUGGCGGUGAACACGUGAUUGACUCAUUUAGACCAGACCCACAAAGCUCGUCAUUCAAGAGACCGACAUCUGAUAUGAACAUAGCGUCAGGAUGCCCGCUGUUUAUCCGGUUAGAGAUGCUUCAGAAUCCUAACCAUGGUUUUCUGAAGGACGAUACAUUAUUCCUCAAAAUAGCUGUUGAUACAAGUGAUCUUACUGACCCAGUUUCAAAUUUCGAAGACAGAAUUAAACCAGUUCAGGCUUAGAAAUGUUUGCUUCUCUCAUUUUGGCGGGCAGUGUCACUUUGCUUUAAGUCAUUAAGAUAUCGUCUCAAAAACACAAUAGACUGACAGCCUUACAGGAUUGUGUAGGAUUACAUUUUAUCAACUUUAUUACUGUAGACAGACAAAUGAUUCAUAAUAUUCGAACUUGACUUUGAUUCAACUCAGUCGAUUUUUAAUAACAACUCGUCUGUUUUGUUUGGCUUUUGAUUUUUAUGAAGCGAAAACGAUAUGAGAACAGAUACACAACUAACUUCAGAUAUUUACAAGUAAUUGAGUGCUUGGGACGUUACCUUUCCUGAACAGACACAAUCAAGUCGGGUCCGACUGACAGUGAGACUGCCAGCAAAUUUAAUAACAGAUUUUUUGCAUAGCAUGUUAGAACUGAGAAGCAAACAUUUUUGACCUGAUGCUUUCAAAUCAGUAAUGUAAUUAGAAUAUAUAAAGAUAAGCACAGCUAAAUCGGUACACGACAUGUUACUAACUGGAGAGAAAAAAAAAACAUGACUUAUUCGUAGCAGUUUUCACUAAAAGGAAUAACAUCAUACAAUUAGACGUUACAAAACGACACAAAACAAUACUAUGUCCAUCUGUCCCACGAUUAGUUAUUUCUUAGAAUAUUACAUGAACAUGUAUCAAAUAACAAUUGUAAAUACGUGUAAUGGGAACCAGAGGUGAUUUGUAUAGUCCGCCGGAAAUACAUUCAGGUAAGUAUGCUAUUAUCGUUUUUAUCACAUCAGAAUAUUACUUACAAACAGUUAAAUGAUUUUUUAAAAAUAAGUUCAGUCACAUUUUCGUUUCAUUUCAUUAAAUUACCUACAUUCAAACCCCGACAACAAUAACUUUGGAUGCAAAAGAAUGGCUAUGAUUUAUACUUUUUUGAGACGUUUCGGCCGCUGGUAACAUAAUACUAGUAUUAUUUUCUAAAAUAUAUAGGCUUAGUAUUUUAACUUGCAAGAUUAAAUAAUAACCGUUAACAGGACAGUAUGCUGUGAUUAGAGGUGACAUGAAGCACGAACAACAGCAUAUGCAUGUAUCGUGAGGAGCUUUGAGAUAUUACAUCAUGUAUUUUUAUAACUGAAAAUACGCAACAUCUGGACUCGUCAUACAUUUAUCGACUGACUUUUCCGUUUGUAAGUUAAAUUGGGUGUCUUAUUUCAAGUUUGAAGGAUCAGAUUAGGGCAGAUUCACAACUAAUAUUCUAUACUGGAAAAAAAAUUAAGAAUACACAUUUAGCAUGUAAGUAAUAUGCACUAAUGCAUGGUAUAGCUUAAACAAUGGUAUUGUAAAUAGGCCAAUUCGCAGUGUCCGCUGUAAUUUUGUUCUACUAUAAAAAUCUUUCGCUGGUUGCGGAUCUUUAUCCUACGCGAGGGUAACUGUUUAGGCGGUAACGAGGCUUCUCCCGACUUACCGCCUAAACCGUUAACCCGACUGCUGGAUAUUCCCAUCUUUACCGGCUGCCAGUGAUUGAUGCUUUUCUUCUUGGACGCCUUAUUCUUCAAUUUGUAGAAGAUAUAAAGAAAACAGUUUUUUCUUUUAGGCGCCAUUUUGUUAUAGUAGCGUAUGAAUUUAUGCAUUCAUUCAUAAAUUAUUCAUAAAUUACACCCAGGGGUGUAAGAUGUGUUUUUCUAGCACCGCAAAAGCACGGAAAAAUCCUGUCCGGCAUACAAGAAAAAUGUAUCGAUUUUUGUACAGAUUUCUGUUUGUUACAAAGAUUAUAUGCCCGUUUUAAAAAUGGGACGUAUGAUUCUGAUUUAACAUUUGUUUGGUCGUCCCCGUGGUGCAAUACCUCGUUUAAAGUAUCUGAAACUUGGAGCGUAUAUUGUUCCACUUAGCGAAACUCUUGUAUUUGAAUUUAUCGCUGUUCGUAUGCAUCAAAGCAGAAGAACAAUUAUCUCCUAUUUAUACGAUGAUUUGUUUUUAAUUAUAAUAUUGUUGUUUUGAAUUCUACUAUUAUUAUAUAUUUUGAAUUAUGUCAUGCAUUCAUAAGUUCUUUUUAUCCUCUACGUUUUCAGAGUAGAUAUUUUUCAUGCCUGUUGUUUUAGUGAUAUGUUGCUAGAGAAAUUUGAUUACUCUUAUGUUUGGAUAAAAGUAAAACUGUAAGUUUAUUGGAAAUAAAAUCUGUAAAAAGAUCCUUUGGAAGCAUAGAAAGCAACCAAGCAUAAUAAUGGCAAGCUUGGUUUGAUUGAGUCUGUUCAUGAGAGGUAGUGGCAAGUGCAACACCUCUCACGCCCCCUAGCACCGGCAGCGGAACUCUACUACCAAUGAACAUUGAGUGGACUCCAUGAUCUCAAAGGACCACUUGAAUUCAGGAAAAUUUUGUUACUGAAUACAGGGAAAACGUUUUUUCAUGUUUUAAGUUAGAUCUCUUAAGUUCGAAUAUUAUGAAUCAUUUUGUCUGCCUUUAAUACCUGAUUUCGUAGUUACAUUUUCCUGAAUACAUUCCAGUUUUGACACGCUAUAGCUAAAAUGAGAGAAGCAAACAUCUCAAACUUUGAACUUUAUUUUAUUUAUACGUUUAUUUUUGUUAGUGGGAGUAACUUGUUUGUUAACCUAUAGAUUAGCCCGGGUUUUAUUCUGAAAACGUAGAGGA